CGUUUCGGUCCACUUGCGCCCCCUUGAAACCUAUUUGAAUGACUUGUUGGUGUUGAUUUACUUCUAUAAACGUGCACAGGGUGUACAGAUACUUCUGCUCUACAGAAUGGAUUCUGAUAUACUGAAGAUUGAGGAGAUUGUAAUGGGAGGUGGAGAGACCGCCACAGCUGCUGAUCUGAAUGCUGAAAAACUAGAGCAGCCAUACACCACAAUAGUCAUUCAAAAUCCUUCAGCACCACCCACCAUUUCAUCAUACCAACAUGAGAGCCUACAGUGUUUCCAGUGUUUCAUAACAUUCUGUAACUCCAAAGCCAAAGAACGGCACAUGAAAAAGAGUCAUCGGGAGGAAUACAAACAGCAGUUGCAGCAGUGCGACACACUCUUCACCUGCUACGUGUGUGACCGCACUUUUCCAUCCUCUGAGGAACUAACACAGCAUCAGUCCACCCACAACAAAGAAGAGAAGCCCUUCAAAUGUGUUCACUGUAGAGAGUGUUUCCGUACAUUCUCAGAGUUGACCACACACCGGCGGCAGGUGUGUCCUGAGCGUCAAUUUACAUGUAAAGAAUGCAACCAGACUUUCCGUAGUCCAGCACUUCUUCGUACUCACCGUCUGUCCCAGCACCCUGCACAGCCAGAGGGAGAUGAUGCUGAUGACCCCAACAAAACCCAUCGCUGUGGCAAAUGUGGCAGGGGCUACGAAGAAGAGGCCGAACUGCUGCAGCACCAAGAGAACCAUGCAGGAAAUCAAAACUGCAAUGGCAGCGGACCUGUCAAGAGGCGUGGUCGACCACCCAAAGCUGAAAUAGUAGCAGCUGGAGAAAAGAAACAAAGCAAGACCGAAGAAGAUGAAAUGACUGAGAAGACAGAGGACACACCUCUGGCACCAGCAGAAGCUGAAACGAAGGACAAAGCAACGGUGAAGCGGGGGCGUCCACCAAAGUCCAGCGUGCAAGAUCCCAACGCUGACGAAGAAAAACCUGAUGCCAAGAAAGCAAAAGCUUCACCUCUGGCUGCUCGCCAGAUCCCUUGCUCAGAAUGCGACCUUUCUUUCCCCUCAGUGGUCCUACUGCGGGCGCACAAGAAGGAGAAGCACACACAACGGAAAGCUUAUCCAUGUCAAGAGUGUGAGGAGAGCUUCAACCGUCCUGAACAGCUGGAGGCCCACAUGUCCCGUGCGCACCAGGCCGGUCGUUACUGCUGUUCAACCUGUGGCAAGAGCUUUGGUCGGGAGAGCAACCUUAAAAACCACCAACAGACCCAUGAAAAAGAGGAUGAAAAGCCAGCUGGACGUGGGAAGAGAUAAGUUUGGCAUGGAAAAGCAGCAGUAGUUUGAUGGAAAGUUUUUAAAAGUGGACUUUAGAGGAACAACAUGUUUUUUUGUUAAGUUUAAAUAUGAUUUUGAUUGUUUUAGUGGGUGGGUCUUUUUUAGAUUUUUGUCAGAAGUGUAAAGCAGAAAGUCCAGUGUGGCCUCCUGACAUUCUGAUGUGUUUUGCAGUGUGGCAUGGUGUAUGAUUUUGGCCAGUGUUUCUUAAAGAAUAGUUAAGGCCAGUAUACUUACUCUGCUAAUUUAAAGAAAAUGUUACUGGUAUUGACUGCUUAAUUAUUUGUACAAAACUGUGUUUAAAUUUGUACAAUCAUCUCUUUGGCUACACCUCUGAUUCAAUGCAAGUUUUGCCUAUUUCUUUCAACCAGUAAUUAACAGUCAUUAAUCAACAGUUUACAGUUAACUAAAAGGCUUUUGGGGUCAUUAAAAAGCCUGUGGUCUCGAGGCACACUGGUUCAGACCACAAAUAAAAAACAGAUGUGUAGCAGAAUAAAACCCAUGGCUUAUACAUGCUGAUAUCAACGGUCCUAAACCUGAAAAAGUUGUAGCAACACGCUUUGCAUCACCUUUUAUUAGUCUAUUUUAAUAUCUUUUUUUUUUUUUUUAAUAAUCCUGUUUUAACAUUCAUUUUUAGAAGUGUGUGUGUUGCAGAGUGAUCUUGUACCUGAAUGAAUUUAGUAAAUCGGCAUCAUUUCAUUUUCUGUAGUAACACGAUGUUAGUUCUAACUUUUCUAUCUGUGGCUGAAGAUUCUAACCUGUGUAAUAAACAAACGUAUAUAAAAUCACCAAUCCUA